AAAUGUUUUAAAACAACACUGCGCCUGCGCAACGGUCGACACUGGAGUCGUUGGCUGGAGGAAAUCUCGCGAUAUGGCAAAGUGUUUAGGAACGAGACAAAACGGAUGCACGGUAUUUCUCUUUUUCAAAAUACAUAAAGGACCAUGGAAAUGCACAUGUGGAUCCUCUUCUGCACAUUUGCAAUGACUUAUAUUACAGACACAACUGCUGUUCAAGAAUAUGAAAAUGUGGCUUUAAGAGGAGUAGCUACACAGGCUACGCUGUUUGGGCAUGCCACUGCACCUAGAGCCAUUGAUGGGAAUAGAGAAAGUAAUUUCCAUCUUGGAUCGUGUUCCAGCACUGAUUCUGUCCUCAGUCCUUGGUGGAGACUGGACCUACUCCAAAAAUACAUAAUACAAACAGUGUCAAUUACAAACAGGGGAGAUGCUGUUCCUGAAAGGAUAAAUGGGGCUGUAAUCAGAUUUGGAAGCAGUCUGGCGAACAAUGGCAAUAGUAAUGCAGGAUGUGCUGAGAUCACUUCCAUUCCUGCUGGUGCUACCAGUUCCUUUAACUGUACUGGGCGGAUUGGACGCUAUCUCAAUAUAGUAAUACCUGACCGAGUUGAAUAUCUUACACUUUGUGAGGUUGAGGUGUAUGGAUCACCGUAUUGAAAAACACGUGUUAUUUUUCUUGAAAGCUUUUAAUAUUCAUUAUCCAGCAACAGAUUUAGUUGAUUCUUAACAAGGAAACUUGACAGACCAUAUGAAACAAUUAAACAACUUAACAAUAUGGCAUAUAUGCAAAAAAUUAAAUCCUUGAUUUUCCAUUUUGCGUCUGACCCUUUACUGAAUGAUAUGGAACAUCUUGAAAAAUGUUAAAAUA